AUGGGUUUCGACUUCUCGCGAAGGCAGUGGUUGACAAUAGUUGUAAUAUCUAUUGCUGACUUCUGCAAUGCUAUCUGUGUCGCUCUACAGGCGCCGUUUUACCCACAAGAGGCAGAGAAGAAAGGAUGUACAGCCACAGAGUUUGGGCUUGUGUUCGGUGUGUUCGAGCUGGUCGUGUUUCUAGUCAGUCCUAUUUAUGGCGCCCACCUCAAUAAACUUGGCCCCAAGCUAUUGUUUAAUGGAGGUAUCCUCACAACAGGCACAUGCGCCAUUUUAUUCGGAAUGCUGGAUAAAGUGGAAGGCCAUGUUCCCUUCAUCACCUUGAGCUUUAUCAUCCGAAUCAUAGAAGCCAUGGGUAAUGCUGCAUUCCUAACAGCCUCCUUCGCAAUCAUCGCCAAGGAGUUCCCUAACAAUGUGGCUACUAUGUUUGCUUCGUUAGAAACCUUCUUUGGUCUUGGUCUGAUUGUGGGUCCGACGUUGGGAGGUGCUCUUUAUGACUUCGGAGGCUACAGCUUACCCUUUGCCGUAUUAGGAUCAGCUCUCUUCUGUGCUGCUGUCAUGAGUUGCUUGGUGCUGCCCAAGAGUCAUGAUGAUGAAGAUCUGAAGCCUAGUGGACCGUCAAUGAUAUCGCUACUGAAGGUGCCUGGUGUGGUACUGUCUGCACUAAGUAUCAUGAUGACCAGUAUGAGCAUAGGAUUCCUGCAGGCGACUCUUGAACCACAUCUCCGUCAAUUCCAGUUCUCAUCCAUGGUGCUAGGUCUAAUGUUCGUGAUCAAUGGGGGUGUGUACGCCGUCUCCGCGCCAGGCUGGGGCUGGUUAUGUGACCACCCCGCCAUCAAGCAGAAGUACGUCAUCGCUGUAGGAUGUGCUUUUGUGGCUGCCGGGUUCCUCCUCAUUGGACCUGCACCGUUCUUUGAUAUGGAAACCCAAAUGUGGGCAGUGAUACUUGGUUUAACACUCCACGGCCUGGGCAUGGGCAGUCAGCUCGUCGCAUCGUUCUCUGAUGCCCUCGGAACGGCUAUUGCAAGCGGUCUCCCCAACUCCAUUGAGACGUAUGGACUGGUGUCAGGCAUGUGGACCUCCACGUUCGCUUUAGGCGCGUUCAUCGGUCCCACUGUAUCAGGUCUGCUGUUUGACUCCAUCGGCUUCCGCAGCUCCACGCUCUUCGUAUUCAUCCUACACCUGAUUGUGAUGGUGUUGAUGCUAAUGUUCACCUGGACGUGUGACCGUUCAUCCAAGAUGGACGUUUCCGUAUCGGCUGGAGACUUACUGCAGAUUGACGGAACGCUUGACGAGAGUGUCCUCAUUGGAGACAAGUUCCUACCUCCUCCGAGGACUAAGAGAUGGGCGAGCCGAAGUCAGGUGGAAGAUCCCCUGGUUGAAAACAUGGUCAUCGGUGACAAUCUACAAGAUCAAAGGACUAGAAGUCGCCGCUGUGGUAUCAGCGUGGAACAGUCCCGUCCUCCAGCCAUGAACAGCCUGAUCGCUUGCUCCAGCUACAAGAACAGGAGGAGUCCCUGGAGCCAACGUACUCCAAGAUACAGGCCUACUUACGGCAGCCUCGACCAUAGAUACAGGGGGGCUUAUAACACAUAA